ACAACAUCUCACCAACAGUCUAUCUCCACAGGAGACACAGAGACAAUCACAGACAACAGGAGACAGUGAGACAAUCGGAGACAAUCGGAGACAGUGAGAUAAUCAGAGACAUCAAGAGACAGUGACAGACACCUGGAGACAGUGAGAGACACCUGGAGACAGAGAGAGACACCUGGAGAUAGUGAGAGACAGUGAGAGACACCUGGAGACAGUGAGAGACAACAGGUUCGUCUGACUGAAGAAGGACGGACAUGUCGCCGUCCACAGCUGUGACAUCUCUCUGCACCGUCCUCACCUGCUCCGCCCUGAUCCAGUGUUCAGUCUUCCUGCAGCAGCCGGUGGCAGUUCAAGUCUUGUCAUCCCGGCGGCGGCGUGCGAACGCGGGUCUGGAGGAGCUGUUCCCUGGAGACCUGGAGAGGGAAUGUAACGAGGAGGUCUGCUCCCAGGAGGAGGCGGCCGAGAUCUUCCAGACCACCGAGAAGACGAUGGAGUUCUGGUUCAAAUAUACAAAUCUGAACCCUUGUCGUACCAACCCCUGUCUGAACGGAGGGAUGUGCACGAUGGACCGCGGAGACUUCCUGUGUCUCUGUACUCCUCAGUACCACGGCAAGACCUGCGACUCAGUGGUGUCGGCGUGUCGCUAUAGAAACGGCGGCUGCAUGCAGUACUGCAGGGACCUGCCAGGGGGCGCUGGCGUCCUGUGCGGCUGUGCUGAAGGGUUUCACCUGGAGACGGACGGACUCACCUGCUCCCACGCCGCCGCAUUCCCGUGCGGCCGCCAGGACCACCAGCUGCGUCUGUACGGAGCUCGCUCUCUGUGGAGCGACUCGGACACGCUCAACGUCACCGCCGACACGGACGUCAUGUUGGAGGACAACAGCACAGACAGCUGGGCAGCAAACGCAACAUCUGGACAGAGAGAAGCGAACGAGACGGAGAUGGGGGUGGAGCCGAGGGAGGGGGCGGAGACUCGGAUCGUGGGAGGAGUCCUGGAGAAACUAGGAGGGAGUCCCUGGCAGGUUCUGCUCCGCAGGUCUAAUGGUUUUGGUUUCUGUGGGGGGACUCUGGUCUCUGACCGCUGGGUGGUCUCUGCUGCUCACUGCAUGGAGGAGACUCCAGACCACGUUACUAUAGGUGACUAUGAUAAGCGGCGUCCUGAUCCAGGUGAGCAGGUGAUAAAGGUGCAGCAGGUGUUCGUCCACCCUCACUUCCACUCCUUCACCUUUGACAGCGACCUCGCUCUGCUGCUGCUCGCCGAGCCCGUCACCCGGAGCGCCACCGCCAUCCCCGCCUGCCUCCCCGACCGCCACCUGGCCACAUACCUGCUGCAGGAGGAGAACCGCGGCGUGGUGACGGGUUGGGGUCUCACACGCUUCCUGGGCAAGUCGUCCCGUUUCCUUAGGAAGGUGACGCUACCGGUGGUCAGCCACCAGGACUGUACCGCCUCCACCCAGCAGGUGGUCACAGACAACAUGUUCUGUGCUGGCUACCUGGACGUGUCGAUGGACGCCUGCAGCGGGGACAGCGGGGGGCCGUUCGUGGUCAACUACAGGGGUACCUGGUUCCUGACCGGCGUGGUCAGCUGGGGGGAGCGCUGCGCCGCCAGGGGGAAGUAUGGCGUCUACACCCGCCUGGGGAACUUCCUGACCUGGAUCAGAGACACCAUGGAGAACCAGAACCUGAACCUGAACAGCACCGCCAGCAGCAGACCCUGACCCGCCACACACACAUUCAGAGUGGAAUGUAUUAUAAUUAAUAUGAUAUAUGUGAUGUACAUGUUGAAUGUAAUGAAAUGAUCGAAGCUCUCUGAUGAGCUUCUCUCGUAAACAUCUUCAGAUUCAUAAAAUGCAAAAAGUGUUUAUUUCAGUUCAUACUUGUUAUUAAUUGACAGGAGUGUAAAAU